GAGAAAUGUCUAAAAAUGAUCCUUACGAUGAACAGUAUUUUAAACCGAAAGGUUAUGGUCAACUUACACUGAAAGGCAUGAAAAGAGUAUAUGAGACAGGAAAAAUGCUUAGAGAUCGAUACGGUGAAUUUCUUGGAUCUUACAAGCCCCAAGACGUCUAUGCAUUCAGCACUAAUUUCGAUCGGACAAAAAUGUCAUUGCAAUUGCUUUUAGCUGGUUUAUAUCCUCCAAAUCCCGAGACAAUGUGGAAUAAAGACAUUCCAUGGAUACCAAUACCAACACAUUACUUAGACAACGAUAAAAAUUAUUUAUGGUUUGAGUGGUCUGGCCCUGAAUUCGAUAAACAUUAUAAGCCAAUUUUGGAGUCUGCAAAAAUCACAGAGAUAUUGAAUCGUUACAAUCAUGUAUUGGAACACGCGCAGAACAAUACGGGGAAACCCCUAGUCGGAAAAGGUCUAAUUCCAACUAUAUAUUUAACUAAUUAUCUGCAUUCUGUUGUGAGUAUGGGACUACCAUUACCUGACUGGUGUUCCGAGGAAACUUUCCAAGCACUGCAAGAACUUGCUUCUCUUGCAUUCAAGUCGCUAUCAAUGAGCAACCCUCUGGCCAAAAUGACCGCUGGGCCAGUUGCAAACGUUUUGUUGAAAAAUAUACAGAACCACGAAUCACAAAGAGACGAGAGAAAGAUUUUCUUGUACAGUUGUCACGAUAGUACUUUGGGUCGAUUACUCGGAGCAUUAAAAAUUUCGAAUAAUCCUGGUUUUCCUGAAUUCGCAUCUGCAGUAAUAACCGAAACACUGCGAGAUGACGAUGGCAAAAAAUAUGUCAGGAUGCUAUUUUGGGCCGGAGUCUCACGAAAUCUCAUAAACCUCGAUGUACCUGGAUGCAAUAGUUUAUGUACCUUGCAAGAAUACGAAAACGCGCUCAAAAUUAUUUUACCUGCUUAA